AUGUUUGAUGAACACGAACAAAGUCGAAUUCGAACAAUCGGAAUAUCCUCAAAUAAUGAAACAUUUUCUAUCAAUAAUAAUAAUUCGGAAACUUUUUCUUCAAUCAAAAAUUUGAUCGAUAAUUUUGUGACAUCUAAAAAAGCAAUAAUCGAUAAUAUUUGUUUGAUAAAUCCAGUCACACGACAAGCUUGGGAACUUUUGAAUAGCGAUUUGCAAAUAACAAUUCCAGAAAUUGUAUUAGGAAAAGGAACUUUUGGUGUUGUACAACAAGGAAAACUUGUGAAAAAUAGUUCAGAUGUUGCAGUAAAAAAAGCGAAUCGAGGAGAAAUGACAGAAAUAUUAUUGGGAGAAAUAUUAGAAGAAGCUAGAAUAAUGAGACACGUGGAACAUGUGAAUAUUAUCAAAAUAUAUGGUGUUGUUAUUGAAACUCUUCCAAUUAUGAUUGUUAUUGAAUUAAUUGAUGGAUGUUCGUUAUCGAAAUUAUUGAUAAAUAAGGAAAUUCCAGUUGGACAUCGAUUAUCAAUGGUUUCUGGAAUUAUGUAUGGCCUUUGGUAUGUUCAUGAUAAGAAAUAUAUUCAUCGAGAUGUUGCCGCAAGAAAUGUUUUGGUUUCAAAAGAUUUUACACAAAUUAAAUUGAUUGAUUUUGGAUUAAGCAGACGUGGACCAAUAUACAGUGUGAGUUGAAUUAGAAAUAAAUCGGUUUGUGGAAUUUUGAGAAUGGUAUUUCCGAGUUGUUUUUUUAAUUUUAAAAAAUUCAAAAAAAUGGACGCCACAAGUAAACUUUUCUUGGAUUGAAACAUGAGGUUGAAUUUUCAAAUUCAUUUCUAAACAUUUUUCAGAUUCAAUCAACUCAAAAAGUUCCAACAAAAUGGUUGUCUCCCGAAGCAUUGAUUCGUGGUAUUUUUUCGUGUAAAUCUGAUGUUUGGGCUUUUGGAAUCACAAGUGAGUUUUCUCACCAUUUUUCAAAAUACAACUACAGUAAUGUUUGCAGUUUGGGAAAUUUACAACGAUGGCGUUGAACCAUACGAAAGCAAGACGAAAUCGGAAGUUCGAACAUUUUUGUCAGAUCGACAUCUUUUUGCAGAAAAUCAAUUGAAUUUGCAAAAUACGAAAAGUGAGGAAAAACCACCUCCUGGAUGUAAGUAAAUAGAUUCUUAAACGAAAAAAACUUGAACUUUUUAGUGCAUAAAUUGUUGAAAAAUAUAUUCCGAUUCAAUGAAGAUAUUCGACCAACAAUGGCGAAAAUCGUAUCUUCUUUCGAAACUGAAAUAAUUCCACAUCUAACAGGCGCUGAUCUUGAGAACUGCAAACUUCAACAAAAUCGAGGGGGACAUUCAAAAUCACCAAUUACAACUGGACCAGUAACAAUAUCAAGUAGAAGUAGCCGAAGUGGAAGAAGAUCGAUUCCGAAAAAAACAAAAGAUAGUCGAAGUAAUCGAAGUCGAGAAAAAGAACGAAAACCAAAAACAAAAACAAAAAGUGUUAGUGUUUCGAGAAAAAAGGAUAGUGCUAGAAGAAAAGCAAAAUCAAGAUCGAAAAAAUGA